AUGUGUAGUCUGUGGGUGGCGCAGCUUGGCGAACUCAUGCUCUUCGUUCUGGUCACCCAGGCAGUUCUCAAACCAGCGAUGCCUCCGGUGAUCAAGCACCGGCCUUUCAACAUCUUCUGGGCUGCCCCUACUUUGUUUUGCAAGGAUCAUUUUGAUGUAAAUAUGAAUCUUCAAGAAUUUGACAUCAUUUCGAAUCCAUUAGAAACCCAGAGUGGAUCUACCAUUGCCAUAUUUUAUCCACAUGAACUCGGAUAUUACCCUUACUUCUCUGAAGACGGAAAAUCCUUCCAUGGUGGAAUACCUCAGAAUGUGAACCUCUCUGAGCACCUAAAGAAAAGCGCCAGUGACAUUGCAGACUCUGUCACUUGGUGGAGAUCAAAUGGACUUGCUGUGAUUGACUGGGAAGGCUGGAAACCCCAGUGGGAUCGGAACUGGGGCGGCAGGGUAAUAUACCAAAAGCACUCGUUAGCUUUCACCCGACACCACCAUCCUGCCUGGCCAGAAGCGAAAGUGAGAGCAGUUGCCACACAGGAGUUUGAAAAUGCUGGGAGGAGUCUUAUGAACAUUACUCUCACGCUGGCUUUAGAAAUGAGACCAAAGAGUUUAUGGGGCUUCUAUCUUUACCCAGAUUGCUACAAUUAUGAUUACCGGAUAAAUCCAGAAUUCUACACAGGUAAUUGCCCAGAUGAUGAAAUUUUCCGCAAUGACCAACUCUUGUGGUUGUGGGAGAGAAGCACAGCACUUUAUUCUUCGAUAUAUUUGAAUAAAGUAUUAAAAUCGAGUUUAAAUGCACUGAAAUUUGUUCAUUUCCGAGUGAGAGAAGCCCUGAGAGUUGCAGAAAUGUCUAGAAAGGACUACGCUUUGCCAGUUUUUAUUUUUUCCAGACCAUUUUAUUUGCAUAGUAUUGAAGCUCUGUCAGAGGAAGACCUAGUUCAUACAAUUGGUGAAAGUGCUGCUUUGGGGGCAGCAGGAAUAAUAUUGUGGGGAGGAUACGAAUAUUCUGAUUCCAAGGAGUCUUGUUUAUCUGUGCAGCAAACUAUCAAAGAGCUGCUGGGCCCCUAUGCGCUCAAUGUAACAUCCGCAGCCAAGCUGUGCAGUCACAGUCUGUGUAGCAGCCAUGGGCGAUGCGUUCGAAAGACAGCUAAGUCCUCCUCCUAUCUGCACAUGCCGGAGGACAGCCAGAAGGACUAUGGCACAGACCACGGUUUCAGAUUUGUCAUUUCUGCAAGGAGUAAGCUGAAGACAAUAACGACUAUGAAGAAUGGAUUUGUGUGCCACUGUUACCACGGUUGGCAUGGAGAGUCCUGCAGAUCUCGCGCUCCCAAUCUCUUGAGGCAGAAGAGCAAGGCUCCUGCAACUGCAUCGAAUCUAUUAGUUUUUCUUGGCAUGACGUUAGCUGUGAUUCUGCUGAAUUUUUUUCUUAUUCCCUACCACAAUGUCAAUUUUUUCUUAAAAUACUAA